GAACUUGAAGAUGCUCCGGGGCUUUUCAGACUGCAAGCUCGGCUGAGCGGUUCGAGCCUUCAGGGACUCUGACACCUAAGAAAUUCACACCAGGACGAGAAAUUAACCAACAUGGGUGGUGUACAGAGCUUCAGGGAGAUGUGCGACCGCACCAAGAACACCAACGUUCGCCUGAGUCUGCCGGCGGUGUGCGUGGUGUGGCAGACGGCCAUGAUCAUCUUGUUUGGGGUUUUUAUUCGAUAUGACGAAGAAUCGGACGCACACUGGGUUGAGCACAAAGCACAUGAAAAUAUAACAAGUGACAUAGAGAACGACUUUUACUUCAGAUAUCCAAGUUUCCAAGACGUCCAUGUGAUGAUCUUUGUCGGAUUCGGUUUCCUAAUGACGUUUCUGAAGCGGUACAGCUUCGGAGGAGUGGGCUUCAACUUCCUGAUUGCCGCCUUCGGCCUCCAGUGGGCGCUGUUGAUGCAGGGCUGGUUCCACUCCCUGGACUACACCGACGGGAAGAUCAAAAUUGGAGUUGAAAGCCUGAUCAAUGCAGAUUUCUGUGUGGCUGGCUGCCUGAUCGCUUAUGGAGCGUUGCUGGGGAAGGUCAGCCCAGUCCAGUUGAUGGUUUUGACUUUGUUCGGAAUAACACUUUUUGCUGUUGAGGAAUUUAUCAUCUUGAAUCUCAUACAUGCUAGGGAUGCUGGGGGCUCCAUGGUGAUCCACACUUUUGGAGGUUACUAUGGACUCUCCAUAUCAUGGAUGCUCUAUCGGCCCAACCUGGACCAGAGCUCACGCUUGCACGGCUCUGUCUACCAUUCGGAUGUCUUUGCUAUGAUCGGUACCCUCUUCUUGUGGAUGUUCUGGCCAAGCUUUAACUCGGCGAUCACAGAUCACGGCGAUGGGCAGCACAGAGCGGCCAUCAACACCUACCUGGCUUUGGCCUCAACGGUGCUCACCACCGUGGCUGUUUCAAGCCUCUUCCAAAAGCACGGAAAACUAGACAUGGUUCACAUCCAGAACUCAACGCUCGCUGGUGGCGUGGCGGUAGGAACAGCGGCAGAGUUCAUGCUGAUGCCCUACGGGUCUCUCAUCGUCGGCUUCUGCUGCGGCAUCCUCUCCACGCUCGGCUACAUCUACAUCACCCCUUUCAUGGAGAAGUACAUGAAAAUCCAAGACACGUGUGGAAUCCACAAUCUCCACGCCAUGCCGGGAGUUAUAGGCGGUAUAGUUGGAGCCAUCACAGCCGCAGCCGCAACCGAGUCGGUUUAUGGAAAAGAGGGGUUGAUCAACACUUUUGACUUCGAGGGAGCUUUUAAGGACAUGGUGCCCACAAGGCAGGGGGGUCACCAGGCGGGAGGCCUCUGUGUGGCAAUCUGCUUCGGUAUAGGAGGAGGCCUGAUUGUUGGGGCUAUCUUGAGAUUACCGAUCUGGGGAGAUCCUGCAGAUGACAACUGUUUUGAUGACGAACCCUACUGGGAGUUGCCAGAGGACGAGGAGAACAUCCCACCAAUCCUGCAGUACAACAACCACAUGAGGAACAAAGACAUUGGCGAAGAACAGCAGAUUAACCAUGAUCCUAUCUGCUCACCGCUAGCCCCUUCAUACGCUCCGUUACACUGGCUUUUUAAAGGAGGUGCCGAUGCCAUUCAAGCCUGUGAUAUGAAUCCCAGACGUGGGGACAAGGACACAGCGUUCGCCCCUGUUUCACAGAAAGGAGCCUCCUUCCUGACACCCUCUAAUUCUGGUUGCUACGGGGCUUCUGGGCUCAAUGGCGGACUCCCGUUGUGAGGGGGACAAAGCCCCUCAGUCAUCCGGCAAUGGUUGCCAGGGGAGG